CAUGUUAUGAUCCUCGCGGUGUUUGGCCGUGUCUCUAGGAUGCAUUCUCACGCAUCGAGUCUUCGUCUCUUGCCUUCCUUCGCACGUACUCCCGCCCGCCGAGCACUGCUGAGCCGAUUCGCGGGUGAUGCUGCACAGGUGUCAUGUUUGAGAUGUCGGGAUGAACUCUGCGGCCCUCGACACUCGCAAAGACCGAGUCGGGCUCUACCUGUGUGUUUCAACAUGACACCAGAGUAUGAUGCUGGAAUGUGAUGGGAAUGAGGGAUUCCGUCGCAGGCUCGUCCAGAAGGCUGCCGUGGCACCGGACGCUUCAGCCACGUGUUUCCCUGUUCUCGUCUACGUGCGAACUUGUCGUACUCGGCCAUACCACGGAUUUCUUCUGCGACGCUCUGUUCAGCCUGUGGCAUCGAAGACUUCAGGGGCAGGGAUCUCAUCACCACAGCGUGUUCGUCAGGCACUCUACAUCUUGCGACGCUCGUAUCAGGUAUGGUAUGCAUUUGAAUUGGAGGCGCCUACGGAUAGCCUUGCCGGCUUGUUGGAGACUCGGGAUCGAGAAGACGGUGGCUCGCCGGAGCUCCCGGUGCAUGUGGAGAUUGACAGUACGGAGGGCCGGUCGGCUCAGGGCCGUAGCCCCGGUAUCUGCCCGGCCGGGUGUCAUUUAGACUACCGGAGUCUCAUUGCCUUCAUCUCGGCAGGAAUUCCUGCCGACUGUGGCUGAGCCACUGCCGUGCACCACCUGUGACGAUGAGAACAGACAACUGCCUCCAAGGCUCAAUCUUUUUGUGGCAUUUCAGGUUUGUGGGCAAAGA